AUGUAUGUGAAAUGGUUUGAUACAGUAAUGUUUUACUAUGUGAUUUUAGUGAAUGUCACUUUUUGUCAUUUUCAAAUUUCCCGCCGUUCUGUCCCCCAUACGUCCCGAUGCUCGCAGGGGACAGAACCCAGAUGACAGAUGCCGGCAUCCGCCGGAUUACAUUGCUGGGGACACUGCAGGAGGGACAUCGUGGGAGCACAGGACAAGGUUAGUGAUCGAGGGAUCGCGGAGCAGCGCCGCAUGGUAAGCCCGAGUGUAGCCUGGGGUUACCGUUGUGCUACACUCGGGAAUACCGCCAGGGAGGUUAAGC